AUGACCCUGGGCUGCAGCAGCGGGAGCAGCCGCCCCUGUGGCUUGCUGGCGGCCCCCUCACCGGAGGAGGAUGAGGAGGACGAGUCGUUGUCCGACGUGGAGGAUGCCGACAUCGACGUGGUGGGGCCCCCUCACGAGCAGACCAAGUUUAGCGAGGAAGAGGAGGAGGAGGAAGAGGAAGACGACGAUGAUUUGCGCCUCCUCCCCAAACAGGCGCUGCGGGUGAGGCUGUCCCCAGUCCAGCGAGGCCCGGAGGCCACGCUGGGCGACAAUCACGUCGUUGCAGCGGCUCCGGCGGGGUCGGCGGCCGGCCCGGCGUCUGCCUCGUCCUCUUCCUCCUCCUCCUCCUCCUCGCCGUCUAGCGGCGCUUCAGGAGCCGGCAAAAACCCCCUGGUGAAGCCGCCCUACUCCUACAUUGCCCUCAUCACCAUGGCCAUCUUGCAGAGCCCCAAGAAGCGGCUAACGCUGAGCGAGAUCUGCGAGUUCAUCAGCGGCCGCUUCCCAUACUACCGCGAGAAGUUCCCGGCCUGGCAGAACUCCAUCCGCCACAACCUGUCGCUCAACGACUGCUUCGUCAAGAUCCCCCGCGAGCCGGGCAACCCGGGCAAGGGCAACUACUGGACUCUGGACCCGGAGUCCGCCGAUAUGUUCGACAACGGCUCCUUCCUGCGCCGGAGGAAACGCUUCAAAAGGCAGCAGCAGCAGCUCCACCCUCAGCCGCCGGAGCUCCUCUUGCGCGCCGCGGCCGCCGCUGCCGACCCAGCGACUUUCCUGCCGGGCUUCGCCUACGGACCUUAUGGCUACAACUACGGGCUGCAGCUGCAGUUUCCACCAUCACCACCAUCAUCACCACCACCCGGUUGCCGCAGGCGGAGGACGGCGGGGACGUUUUCUUUCCAGACUUCCUCCUGCACCCUCCCUGCGCCGCCCGGCCCUGGGGCCACGGCGACCGCCCCGUCCGUCUUCUCCAGCGGACUCUCCUCUUUCCUGGGCGGCGAUCUAAGUUGCAGGAAAGCUUUCUACCCGGCGGGGCAGCUUACCCCUACCGCCUCCCUCCUGCAGAGCCUCAAGACGGACCAGGGAACGGGCAACAGGCCUUCUUUUUCCAUAGACAAUAUCAUUGGAAGCGGUGGCGGCGCGGCCCCUCCGCCUUCCAGUAGCUCCGCGGUCAGCGCUACAGAUUCGCCCUUCCCGGCGGGCCAUGCUGGGAGCCAAGCGCAGGUCCUGGCUAUGUUGUCUCCAGCUCUGACUCCCUUACCGAACCACUUGAGCCUCACCCACGAAGCACUCCUGCAAUCGGGACAAAACUUUUCCAGUAAACUUACAAACCUCAGCAAUUGUCCUUUUUAA